GCUCAGCUGUCAACACACACGUUCAUGUGAAAAGAGGAAGAAAGGAUAAAAACAGGGAGCGGGAGAGGACGGCAGACAAAGCCCACAGACCUGAAGGUGUGACCAGCCAGUUUAUGCUGCACGCCCGGUUCCCUAACAGUCCGGGGCAAUGGGUUCGUCCGCAGACGAGGAAUUUAAAGAGAAACUGCUGUGGAACGUGAAGCGGGAGGUGAAGCAGAUUAUGGAGGAAGCUGUCACCAAGAAAUUUGUGCACGAAGACAGCAGUCAUGUCAUCGCUCUGUGCAGUUCCAUUGAGGCUUGCCUGGGACACAAGCUGAAGCGCAGGGCUGCAGGCUUCCUCCGCAGUGAUAAGAUUGCGGCCCUCUUCACCAAGAUUGGCAAGGUGAACGCCACGGCAGGAGAGGUGUGCCGCAAAGUCCAGGAGCAGUUACAGCAGCAGGCUGAGAUCACCAGGAGGACUCAGAGCACAGGAGCAGAGCCCCUCCGUCGGCAGGGAUCCUCUGCAGGUCGAGGGCCACAGCCACUUUCCGCCCAGGCCAUCAAGCACAUCUGGGUCCGCACAGCCCUUUUUGAGAAGGUCCUGGACAAAAUUGUGCAGUAUAUUGUGGACAACUCAAGCAAGUAUUAUGAGAGGGAAGCCCUGAUGCAUGACUCAGUGUUCGGCCCAAUCCUAGCUGCACUGCUGGUCGGGCCCUGUGCUCUAGAGUACACCAAGUUGAAGACGUCUGACCACUUCUGGACAGACCCCUCGGCCAACGAGCUGGUUCAGAGGCACCGUAUUCAUGGAGCUCACCGUGGCCAGGAGGCUUCUCCCAGUCGGAGGCCUGCUCUGGGGAUCCGGAAGAGGCAGUCCAGUGGAAGCAUGUCUGAGGAUAAGUUUGCUGCUUCGGCGAGGGAAUACGUGGAGUCUCUUCAUCAGAACUCGCGUGUCCAUCUGCUUUACGGAAAGAACAAUGUGCUUGUACAACCGAAGAAGGACAUGGAGGUGUUGAGGGGCUACCUGUCCCUGCAUCAGACAGCUGAGAACCUCACACUGAAAUGGACACCCAACCAGCUGAUCAACGGCACCCUGGGGGACUGUGACCUGGAGAAAAGUAUUUAUUGGGACUACGCGUUGACUGUGCCUUUAAGACAGAUCGUCUGCAUCCACUGUCACCAGCGGCCGGACUGUGGUGGUACUCUAGUGUUGGUGAGUCAGGAUGGCAUCCAACGGCCGCCCCUGCACUUCCCUCCAGGGGGCCACCUGCUGGCCUUCUUGUCCUGUUUGGAGACAGGGCUGUUGCCCCGGGGGCAACUGGAGCCCCCACUCUGGUCCCAGAAAGGCAAGGGUAAAGUCUUCCCUAAGCUGAGGAAGAGGAACAGCACAGCCCGCUUGGUGGAUCAGGAUGGUGAAGGGGAGGAGCCUGUUGCUGCAGACUACGUUUUCCGCAUUGUUUACCCAGGGCACCGCCACGACUCCAUUACUAUAAACUACCACCACACUACGGGCAGUCGUGCGCCCUCUCUGGACGACGAUGAGGAGGAGGAAGAUAGACUUCACGCAAUGAUCUCAAUGAUCUGCUCACGGAACCUCACAGACCCUAAUGUCAUGAAAGACCACGGGGACAUGAUGGAGAUGCAGGCUUUCGGAGGCAGUCCGUCGUCAUGGCAGCAGGCCGAGUGCACCAGUCACGUGUCCUCGUGCCUCUCCUGCUCCACUGGGGGCAGCAACAACGCCUCUGUGGAGCUUCCUCCAGGCUGCACCUGCAUGCACGACCGAAUUCCCCUGAAAAUGCUGUGCCAUAAUAUGAAGAGGCAGAUAGUCUCCAGAGCCUUCUAUGGGUGGCUGGCUUACUGUCGGCAUCUGUCCACCGUGAGAACACAUCUGUCAGCGCUGGUCAACCACAACAUCGUCCCGCCAGACAAACCGUGCGAAGCCUCUGGAGGACUCAGCAAAGACGUCUGGAGCAAGUACCAAAAAGACUGCAAGAACUAUAAGGAGCUGGAGCUGCUGCGACUGGUUUAUUAUGGCGGGGUGGAGCAUGAAAUCAGGAAGGAGGUGUGGCCCUUUUUACUGGGUCAUUAUAAGUUCGGCAUGGGCAAAAAAGACAUGGAACAGAUUGACGAGAAGAUCGCAGCCCGAUACAAACAAGUGAUGCGGGAAUGGAAGGCCUGCGAGGUCAUCGUUAAACAGCGGGAGAAGGAGAUGCAAUCAGCUAUUUUCGCCAAGCUGUCAUCGGGGAGCAGCAUCGACAGUCACGUGAUGAGGCUCAUCCACCGAGACUCCACCCUCAGCAAUGAGGUGUUCAUGUCAGUGGAUGAGCCUGAUGGGGCAGGACAAGACAUCCCCCACGGCAGAGAUAAUAACCCUACUAUAAGCACAGUGGUCAAUCCAGCAGCUCUGGCCCCAGACGAUCGACCUCUUGUUGAGUUUGACUCUCCAGACUCGGGCCUCCCCUCCUCCAGGAAUUACUCUGUAGCUUCGGGACACUCUCAGAUCCUGUCCAGUAUUGAAGAUGGGCAGAGCAUGGAGGAGGAGCCAGAUGAUGUGACACCCAGGGGAGAGCAGAGCGGGCGGGAAUCGCUGAGCGAGGACAGGCUGUGCAGUCAGCUAGACCAGCUGGUGACCGACAGCCAGGGCAUUACGCCGUCCUUCUCCUCAUACACGAUCGAGCUGCUGGAUACAGUGGCUCUAAACUUGCACAGAAUAGACAAAGAUGUUGCACGCUGCGACCGCAACUACUACUACUUCACCACCUGCAACCUGGAGAAACUGCGUAACAUCAUGUGCAGUUAUGUGUGGGAGCACCUAGAAGUGGGAUAUGUGCAGGGAAUGUGUGACCUUCUAGCCCCUCUGAUGGUCAUCUUGGAUGAUGAGUGCCUCGCCUACAGCUGUUUCACCCAGUUAAUGAGAAGGAUGAGUCAGAACUUCCCCAAUGGAGGAGCCAUGGACACUCACUUUGCCAAUAUGAGGUCCUUGAUACAGAUCCUUGACUCAGAGCUGUUUGAGCUGAUGCACCAGAACGGAGAUUACACACACUUCUACUUCUGCUACCGCUGGUUCCUGCUGGACUUCAAGAGAGAGCUGCUCUAUGAAGACGUGUUUGCAGUUUGGGAAGUGAUCUGGGUGGCGCCCCAUAUCUCCUCCCAGCACUUUGUGCUCUUCAUUGCGCUGGCUCUGGUGGAGGUGUACCGGGAAAUCAUUCGUGACAAUAACAUGGACUUUACGGACAUCAUCAAGUUUUUCAACGAAAUGGCUGAGCGCCAUGAUGUCCAGCACAUCCUGAGGAUAGCACGUGAACUGGUGCACAAGGUGCAGACGCUCAUAGAGAACAAGUGAGCUUAGCAUGGGAGAGCUAAAACAAACUGAAGCAUAUCCCAGCUCAGAGCUCCAGCACCCGAAUCCUCAUCAAACCCCUCUUCUCUCCUGAGUCCAGGGAAAGGGACAGAGAGCACACUCAUCCACUCUCUCUUUCUCUCUGACUCUGCUGGGGUACAGCGAUGAGACUGCCCGGGACCUGCUGCUGGCCUUAGAGCCCUGGACACUGGGUCCUCUUUUGGUAUCCUUUGCCUGUCACAGAAUGCCAUUGUGUCAGACCUUUGGAGUUGUCUGCAUGCUUGUGGGAUUUGAGCACACUGUGACUGUGACUGAGGUUUCUUUUUCUCCAAGUGUUCAGCUGUACGCUCCUCCAGUCCACACCGCCUCCGUCAGGUCAACUUUCCACAAAACCACUCGGGCCUUCUGUGUGGGCACGGCGUGGUCAGCUUUUACAGUUUACAGACUGUUUCGAUAGUUUUUUUUUGUUUUUUUGUUUUUCCCCACCAAACUUACAGAAAGUAUUCCGCACUUACCACUGACUCUCAGGAGGACUGUUUCCCGUCUGCCUUUUAUUAGAGAUGGCACUGAACAGUAUGGCUGAGCACAUUAUCUGAAUAAAUCCUGCAGGCCACAGCCACAGAGCCUGACUUGAAUGGCACCUUUCAAAAAGGAAAGGUAAAAAAAAAAUAAAAAAAUCCACUAAAGAAUUCACUAAAGCCACGAAGACGAGUUAUUAACGCAUCCAUCUGUGACCAAAAGGACUGUGCCAAUGAUUUCAAAGACCUUGUCAUAGUAUUUAUAUAUCAUGUCCUUGUGUUUCAUUCGUAUGACUCUAGCUGGCCCUGUUUUUUCCUUCCAGACCUUCUUCUGGAACUCUUCUUCUGAUGGUUGAUGGAGAAACGAAAAGAAAAGAAAAAAGAAAUCUGAUGUUGCCUUCGUUCCUCGUUUUACAACCUGUAUCGCCACUUUUUGCACUUUGAAACUGUCCCUUGGCAGACGCCAGUGAUGCUCCUUCGCCGGCCCAAAGCAGGAGGAGGGGAAGGGGCGGAGGCAGGAUUCCCAGAACCCUCUCCUGCUCUUGUCAGGCCUUCAGAGAACCCAGUUGCUCUGAAAAGAGGUUAGCUUGGGGGUGAGCUGCUUCCAUGUGAUGGCUUUAGAGCCAUGCGCAGAGUGCAAUGUGACGAGACCAGUGCCUCUCAGUGUGCCACAUCAGGGAUGGUGGACAGCUUCUUUACAUACAUACACACACACACACACACACACACACACACUCAGAUUAUUCUACUAUUUGGAGUUUGUUCACUAGGAACUUCUAGUGGAUGCAGUUUUAGCUGUAGGCUGAGCUUAAAUACAGUCUCGGCCUGAAGAUCAGCACAGAUGUUCCAUGUUCCAUUUCCUAGAUUAUCUCUUAAUAUCUUAACCUGAAGAAGGGGUGGGCAAUGACGCAGGACUAAAGUAUAACAAUACUUGAAGACAUGUAAACAAUACACAUCACAGUAUUUCUGUUUUUCUAAAGUUUGAAGAAUUGAAACAAACACAAUGUACCAGUAGUGCCAUAUUUAAAGCAUAACACAUCACAUUACACAUUCCAUAAAGUAGGGCUGUAAUGCUCUCAUGGGCUGGCAUCAUUGGUAAACAAAGUCUUUGGGUGCCCUGGUUAGACCUUUCUAAUGAAACACAGUGUUGGUCAGUGAUGCAGAAGUGCCGAAAAUAUGUACAAUAUGUUCAGAAUAGUUUAUAACAUGUAGAAGUGAGUAAAACAGUCACAUCAUCAAAUUGCCCACCCAAACCCCUAAAUCACUGUAUAUGUCCUCUCCAGUACACAUACACUGUUAAAAUUACAGGUGCUGAAAGGGUUCUGUAUCACAUAGCAAUUCUAUGAAACAAGUGACUGAGCCAUGACUUUAUACAGCGCUGGAAAAAAAUAAGAGAUCACUUAAAAUUGAAAACCUCUGGAAUAUGAUCAAGAGGAAGAUGGAUGAUCACAAGCCAUCAAACCAAACUGAACUGCUUAAAGUUUUGCACCAGGAGUGGCAUGAGCAGUGAGUGUGUAAGACUGGUGGAGGAAAACAUGCCAAGAUGCAUGAAAAACUGUGAUUAAAAAACAGGGUUAUUCCACCAAAUGUUGAUUUCUGAACUCCUAAAACUUUAUGAAUAUGAACUUGGUUCUUUGCAUUAUUUGAGGUCUGAAAACUAUUUUCUAACAAAAUAUUUUGUUUGAAAUUUGAGAGAAAUGUUGUCUGUAGUUUAUAGAGUAAAACAACACUUUACUCAAGCUUAUACCUAUAAAUAGUAAAAUCAAGAAAAACUGAUUUAGGAACUGAAGCGGUCUCUUAAUUUUUUUUCAGAGCUGUAUAUUGCAUCAGGUUCUUAGACCAUUCAGCAAUUACAUUAACACCGCCUCUUUUUUCUACACUUAUUGUCCAUUGUCCAGCUACACUGACCAUAUAGGAGCACUUUGGCACUGUAGUCCUUCCCUGCAUACUUUAUUAUCCUUCUUUUAUAAACACUGUGUCCACUCACUGUCCACUCUAUUAAACACUCCUACGUACUUGGUUCGAGACAAAAGCUCUGAAUCUGUUGCAGCACAGUUUGUGUUGCUCAUCUUCUAGUCCUUUAUCAAUGGUUACAGGAUGCUGUUGGCUGGAUAUUUAUGGUUAGCAGUCAUUUAUUUGUCCAGCAGUGACACUGAGGAGUUUAAAAACUCCAACAGCACUGCUGUGUCUGAUCCACUCACACCAGCGCAAAACACACUAACACCCCACAACCAUAUCAAUUUCACUGCAGUUCUGAGUGACACGCCACUUAAAUAAUGACUCUUUGGUGGUUCUGUAGGAUAAUAAUUAGCUGUAGAACUACAAAGCGCUCUUAUAUGGUCAGUGUUAUAAAAGUAAUACCUUUAAGGCCCUCUUGCCUUACACCUUUCGAGAACCACUUUUAAUGCAGAACCCCUUCUGCCACCUUCAUUUUUAAGAGAGUAUUGCUCUUGGUGCUUAUGUCUAGAAAGACCUUAAAGUGUCACACUCAUCCCCCCUUAACGUCUUCCCCUAUACUGACCUACUGCUGCCUAAUCCCUCUACACACACCCAUAAUUCCUAAUGUAAAGCUUCUGUAUCAGUUGGCAGGUAGCAUCUGGGAACUCCCUGUUGACCCUCUAUAGUUACUGUGCCUCAAACCCUGCUGUCGUCUUCGGUUCAGCCUAUGAGAAUGCGUGAAGGGAUGUCGAUGCCCUGCGAAAGAUUACUUCCAACAGGAGCUUGUGUACCAAAGCCUCUAGAACAUCAUCCUUGGUGUCAUGCAGUUGUGUAAUCUCAAAAACAUAACUCAAAGACUGUUGAUUAGAUGCGUGAAAGGGAAAGCAUUUUCUUAAUUUCUACUGUGAAAAAAAACCCACUUCAUUUCUGAUCCUUUACUCCCAUGUGUGCUACUGAAGUGUACAUACUAAAAAAAGAAGAAGCCUUGGAGUUCGGUGAGGCCAGUACAGACAGAUGUAUUUUAAACUCUAUUUUUCACUUUGGUUGUAGAGACAUGCAUUUGGAAGAACCCCCCUGACUAACUGGAGAACUGUACAAUUUGAAUGUGGGGAAACCUUUGUUACAUGUUGACUGUUAUGUUCCUUAUUUAUUGUUGUGCCCUGGAUUCUGCUCAUUUGGAAAUAUAUAAAUAUAUUUUGUUUGGACGCCAAUCUCUGAAUGAUGAAGUAUGUAAUGUAAUGGAUGUAUCAUUUACCUUGAAUGUAUGUAUUAUGAAAAGAAAAAAGAACCUUGUUCCUACCAUAUUUUCCACAUGA